AUUUGUUACAAUCAAAAGAACCAUGAUCGCUUUCUCAUUUAUUUCGACACGAACCAUGGUAGUCAGGACGAUCGCGCUCGGCUACAUUAUACAAUAUGUUUCCGUCCACUUGGCCUUUCGUAUCUCCCAGCGGCGAGCUGGGAGAGGACCACCACAACCAGCAGCUUUAUUUAGCUGGAUGAUGCCUGAGCUAAAGGAAGCAAACCAGACGUAUUUCUCCAGCGCCGACCAGCCCCGCCGACGCCGUGCGGCAGCUGUCGGACGACCUGAGCCAGAUCUCGGCCGGCACGUUCGGCAUGCAGCAGCUGUAGCUCCAAAUCUGCUCACAGUUGCGGCCGACUCGGAUGUUCUACUUGAAUUGGGUGUCCAGCCCCUGACGCAACUGACCGCAUGCCGCCUCCAUUUCCUACUCAACCAGACGCUGGCCAUCGCACCAAUUUGCGAGGCGAAGAGCAAUGAUUCGUCAGAUCACCGUCAUCAUCCGCUCUCGCGUGCCCCUCAAGAUGUCAGCUUGAGCGUCAGCGCAGCAAUGAUCGCAGGAGCCCUACACUUACCGAAUCUUGAAUAUGGUGAAGCCAAGCAAUCGGCACCAAGCUGGAAACUUUGUGGCAACGAUGGGUAUGCAGCCAGGCCAUUACACGCAAUCAUUGACAAUCUCAGCUGCGUUGCGCCCAGUUGCUUUGCCAGGGAUCAUCAUACCUUCGAUAGCGAGAGAUGGCAAACAAAAGCUACAUUUGACAUCUUAGAAGGCCUAGUACAGCACUGCUCUACCUUCAACUUUUGUUCAGGCAAGCCACUCGCAGCUCCACUAUGUGUAACCUCCCUCGGAUCUAUCACUGUUUUACGCCUCCAUGAUGCAUGGGAUGGUGCUACCUCCCUGGCUUGGGCCCUCGAGCACCUGGUCGAGCUUCUAAACGAAGCAGAGCGCACUGUGGAUCCAAGUUCGCCGGGACGCAUCAUAAUUGUGUCAAAUGUGCUUCUCGCGGCUUCUUCGCGGAAGCAUUCAGACGAUGCUGUUGAAACCAUGUCUGUGCACCGUUAUUGCGAACUCUCUGCGAUGCAUAAGCAGGACGAUGUUAAGUCCGUUGAUCGUGGUGACGCUCGAGAU